AUGACACGAAGACCAAAUCUAAUCAAGGUCUCCGGGAGAACCCACUACGCUUGCACUCGCUGUAAAAUCAGCAAAAUUAGAUGUCUGGGUGAGAAGCCAGCUUGCUCCAAUUGUAAGUUAGUGAAGAAAGAAGACCAAUGCAUAUACCCGCCUCGGGAUCGAAAAAUCGUCAUAAUGGAGUCCGACCUCAACGAGCUCUACGAACAAAUCCAACUGCUAGAAAAGCAAGUUGGUGUUACUGUUUCAUUACCAGCAAGUUCCCGACAACUGACUCUCGACGAGGCUCCCACCGACAAGAGUGAUCGGAGCUCCGUCGCCAUUUCGGCCUCACGAGCACCUCAUGGUGAUGAUCCUGUUUUUAGUCUGCUACUCUCUUGGUGCUUCGACAGUCUUCCCCCUUCUUCUGUAGCUUGGGAAUUGAUCAGCGUGGUCACAAAAACAUACUCCGCAGAUAUGUACAUAGUGGACUAUAAUGAUUUGGAAACUUGCAUUCAAAACAUAUACUCAUACUUUUCGGAGUUCAAUAACUCUGAUCAAAUUCAGCAUACCGUCUCAGAAGCUCCAACUCCAUCGAUCUUGUGCUACUUCUUCUCCCUUCUCGGCCUAGGUCAACAACUUCAAAACACGGAAAGCUCUCCAACUGAGGAAGGCAUAGCAUCGGUCCCGGGCCAAAAAUACUUUGUUUUGGCUUCGCGACUUUUCCAGUUUGACUUCGAUCAAAUCUCUUUCACAUACAUCCAAAGCUGCAUUUUGUUGGGUCUUAUUUGUUGCAAUUUGAAUCGAUACAACACCACUUACAAUUAUUUCGGAAUUGCUGUCCUGUCUGCCGUCGUUAAUGGAUACCAUAGACAAAUCGAGGUUCCUUCAUUUCUGAACGAAGCCGAUAGGCGCCAGUUCCUCACCUCAGGAGAAAAAAAGAAACGAUUAUGGUGGACCAUUUUUUACAUUGAUGUUAUAUGGGCUGCUCGAAUGAACAUGCCCGCACACAUCGAGUUUACUGACACUGACGUCGCUCUCCCUAGCGAAAUGCCUUAUGACCUUCAUGACCACUUUGACAAUGAUUCUCUCGAGUCAAAUGUUCAACUCAUAAAAUACGUAGCCAAGUUUAACAAACUUAUUUAUGGGCCAUCCUUGAGGACUUUCUCGGUCAAUUACAUCAACACUGACAAGUUCAACCAAGACAGACUUGUCGAUACCAUUAUUUCCUCGCUCAAUGAGAUAUCCGUUGGUUUUGAGCUUUCAUUCUUGAACCAGUGCAAGGAUAGAAGUAUCGUAUCAGAACCAAAUCGCAACUUAGCAAACAUUUUUUCGCGAUUCAAUCAACUCAUUAUUUUAGUGGUUGAGCCAUUAUUAUCGGUUGUGUUCAAUCCGAACUCGGCAAGCCUUGUCGAGAACAAUCAAGAAGUCUUCGGCGCCAUUGUCAAGGGUAUAAGAGCUGCUUACACGUCUGUCAACAUGUUUUGGAAACUAUUUGAACAUGGGAAAUUGUUUGUGUUCGGCUUUUGGGACAGUCAGCACCUCUUCUCUGCUUUCACUCUUUUGGUUUUGGUUCUGAUAGCUGGUUUCCCAUACAAAGAGCAUAACCGUAUUGUGGCCCUACUAAAAUACAUGGCCGAACACAAGAACAUUAGCGCAAAGCGUUAUUUGGAGAGAAUAGAAGCUAUUAGCAUUUUUAUCGGGCAAAUACCUGAGGCUAAACUCCAACUCAAUUUGAACGCCAGCAUUCAUGACUACGUGCGUAAAGAUCCGUCAACUCUCGCUAAUGAAUUUUACAAUCCAUUCUGUGAUGAAAAUUUGUAUUCGGCAGAGUUUCUCCAAUUCUUCAACCUGCAGCCGUCAAAUCUGCUCUACGAACACUUUGGUUUUGACGCUUUUAGUCCCCAAUCUCAAAGCACAUUGUGGUCGAUGUCCAAGAGUAUCCAGAAAUGGUCUAAUUACAGUGGACUACCAAUACCGGUUUCCGGUAUCAACAAGUCCCUAAGCACAGUGCGGAAGACAGGAGAGGUCCGCAGUGUAAAUGAUUGUAGCAUUAACGCCCUCAUUCGAGACUAA